CUCACUUCUGUAAAGAACAUGGCAUUCAAGUUCGUUUUCGCUUUGGCAUUUGUGGCUGUGGCCAGCGCUGGUUAUGCCCCAUUGGCCUACCAUCAGGCAGUGGCUCCAGUGGCAGCUCCUUUGGCUGUUGCCCACAAGGUCGUGGUCAAGUCCGAGGAACCCUAUGACCCCCAUCCACAGUACCGUUUCUCUUAUGGUGUCGAUGACAAGCUGACUGGCGACAAUAAGGCUCAAGUGGAGGAACGCGAUGGUGAUGUGGUCCGUGGCGAGUACUCCCUGAUCGAUGCUGAUGGCUACAAACGCACUGUCCAAUACACCGCUGAUCCCAUCAAUGGAUUCAAUGCCGUCGUCAACCGCGAACCUUUGGCUCACUAUGUGAAGACCGUUGCCCCAGUUGCCCACUAUGCUGCCCCAGCCGUGGUCAAGACUAUUGCUCCCGUUGCUCACUAUGCUGCUCCAUCUGUGGCUCACUAUGCUGCUCCCGCUGUCGUCAAGACUGUGGCUCCAGUGGCCCACUAUGGUUCUUAUGCUGCUCCAGCUGUCACCUACCACCAUUAA